AUGGCCAAAAAUCCACCUGACGAAAGGCUUGUUUACCUAGCUCUCAAAAGAGUCUUUCAGGGGACCAAAGCUCAGUUUCGUCAAAAAAAGCUAGUUCUCAAACAAAUUCAAAAACAUCGAAACGAAGUCGACGUGCGAAACCUUAUCCAGGAGCACACCAUUACUGGCUUGUGCGAUGUAGCUAAGUGCCUUCUAGAAGAUCAGAUAUUCGAGUCGACCUUGAAAGCCAAAAUGCGCUUCCCUGAGGUCUUUGACGUUUCUCCUACUCAGACCGCUGAAAGAGCUAUAUCUGAAUCAGAAGCAGCAAAGAAUGAGGAUGCGGCCAUACAAGACGUGAUGAAGGGACGGGAAGACGAACCUGGAGGCCAUGACAAUGAAUUUGCUGAGACUGCUUCUCGGGUCACAGUUGCACAACCCGCGCAACCAACAUCUGCUGCCAUGUCGCUAUACCCUGUUUACUUGCCCUUUGAUGUUCAACAUCGGCUGCUUGUUAGUGUUCAACAGAAACUUGAACAAGCUUGUUAUGCCUUUGCCCAGGAAAACCUAGGCGGAGUCCUACUAGAAGAGGGAUGGGACUGUGCCGAAGCAGUUGAACUCAAUCGGUGGCCCAGAAUCCUCCAUGGACAUCAAGCCGAAUUUCACCCUUACGAUGCAAAGGAGAUGACGAAACCAUUGACUGCCCUCUUGAACUCGAUUACUCAACUCCGACAUGCUGCUGUUCACCGCCUUCGCCUUACGGCAAACAGAGCCUUGCAGUUCGUUAUCGAUGCUGAGUUGCUUGUCACCCUACUUGAUAAUGAUGACUUCCUUAAUACCAUCUCAACUACACGGCGGCAAAUCCAAAGCACAAUCGAAGAGUUGGAGAGAAACAAGGACAUGCUUGAACUCAGACAAGUUGAAAUCAAGAAACGAUUCGCAGCAAAGAGAGCCGAGUUGGAUUUGGAGGAACAUGAGGCCAUCCAGAGUACGAUGAAAGAGGACGAAAAUUAUACUUUCUUUGCAGGAAUGACUCUGGAACAAGCAUUACAGAGACCUGCUACGGUCAUCCAUGGGCGAUUCUCCACGGAGGGUGGAUCCUCUUCUGAAACGGACUUCGACGAAUUCAGCACAGAUGAAGCUGGAGCCAAUUUGGAAUGUGUGGACUAG